UUAGUUCUAUUCGGGUUGUGUAGGACUACGUGUCUGGUUCACUCGUCUAAAAGUUAACAUUACAAUUAUUAAUUGAUAUUCCCGAAAAUAUUAAGUUUAUAAGUGUUGUGCUAUUCAAGUUAGAACAUAGUUAUUCACAAGUUUCUGUUGAGAAUUUUCAAUAGGAGUUAGUGUUCUCGCGAAUAAUAUUAUACAUACUUAAAGUUUAUUAUUUACUACAACAACUUGCAUUGAAGUUCUGCAAGAGUUUAUUGAUAAAUUGGUUAAAUUUUUUUGUGUUUUGAGACCCGAGAAAUUUAGUAAGUGUUAAUAAUAAUGAUUGUUAAAUUACUGGCAAAAAUUCUGAGGAGGCAGAACAAGAAAUACAAGAAAAUACAGCCUAUGGAUCAGAGAACAAACGGUAGUCAGCAGCCGAAUCUGAACAGUGCCGAAUCGCAAGAAGACAUCCAGAUGAAGAACGAAGCCGAAAACACGGAAACCACGCAACUGGAGGGUAAAGUUGGCGAGUAUGUAAGAGAAUUGUUGAAAGAAAAAGUUGCUUUGGAUCCAGCACAGUGGCCCAACGCAAUGCGGCUCAUCGACCAAGAAGUGAAAACAACUCAAAUCCAUGGAGGGAAGGUUCUGAAGGACAUCCCUCGUUAUGUAGACAUCUACAGGGAGAAGCCUAUCAAAGUGACAGUCAAGGUCCUCGUGCCUGUCAAAGAACACCCCAAGUUUAAUUUCGUUGGCAAGCUACUUGGACCAAAGGGCAACUCCCUGAAGAGGCUGCAGGAGGAGACGAUGACCAAAAUGGCCAUUCUUGGGCGUGGUUCGAUGAGAGAUAAGGCUAAGGAGGAAGAGAUGCGUCAAGCCCUGGAGCCAAAGUAUGCGCACCUUUGCGACGAUUUGCACAUUGAAAUCUGCGCGCUCGCUCCGCCCGCCGAGGCUCAUGCGCGCAUAGCGUACGCACUCGCCGAAAUACGCAAGUACUUGGUGCCUGACAGUAACGACGAAAUACGUCAGGAACAGAUGCGGGAAAUCCAGGCGGAAAACCCGCGCACGGUACCCCCGUUGCUGGGAGGCGGCCGAUCCGGAGUGAGGGGAGCGCGCUUGCCCCAUGGGACCCCGAUGGGGCCACCGAUGGGUCCCCCGGCCCCCAUGGGGCCCCCCCAGAGGGCUGCACCUCUGCUGCAGGCGCCCCCUAUGCCCCCCAGGCCACGGGCCCAGCCUGGCAAGACCAAAGUACUGUCGAUUUUGGACCGCGCUCGAGUUGCUAUGGAGGAAUCGUACGGAACAUAUGAAGAUCCAUCCGAAAUGUCACAACAGGCCUUCUACGAUGCGCCCGCUCAGUUCAAUUCUGCACCCAGCUAUGGCGGAGACUACAAUGGUGGAGCUAAUGACUAUUACAACUCAUCCAAUUACUCAGACAGUGCGUCAGUCCGCUGGAAGAAUUUCAAAAUGGCGUCGUCGGGUAUAGGAGGCAGAAGAGUGGUAUAUGGAGUAGCACGGUCUUCGCCCUACUCAAGGCCUCCUCAGAAGUAGACGUCGACUGACUCACUGUUUCACUGAUGCACUGUUUCUUCAAGAGACAUGACCAAAUACGGUGGCAGUUGUGGGAUAAGAGCGCUUUUCAGUGUGAAACUGAGAAAGAUAUUUUUUAACUCAACUUACAGUAUUUUUAUGUGGCUUUGUUUCUAUCUCAUGUAUACAAUGUUUGUCAAACACCGUUUUUGACCAUGUAGGUGAUAUUUUCAUCGUGUAACACAGAUUCCUAGAAAUUUCCAUUCAUGUGUAAGACAACCAAAUUAGAAAUUAAACUAAACUGUAAAUUGAAUGAGAUAUGUAUCUACUAUUUUUCCAUUUGAAUUAUUUAUGUUAUAGAGUGUUAAAUGUAUCAGCAAAACUAUCUACCUUCCAAUUUUAUAAAUAAAUGCUCCAAUUUUAAAUUGAAAAUUCAGUUACAAACUUUGUAAACUAUUGCAAACAUCAAGUUUGUCAAUCAUUCUCUGCAGACUCUAUAAAGCUCUAGUUCCAUAUUUGUGAAACGUAUUUCUCAAGUCAUGUAUUCCCUUGAUUCCAAUAAUUGAUAUCAAUUUAUUUUUUUGUCCACAGUAAUCAGUAUGCAAAAAACAUCAUCAAAAUCAUAAAACCUCUCAUACUAAAUCAUCAUUUAGAAUUGAAUCAAAAAUUUAAAUCAUUUUUAAAAGACAAUCUCUUAAAUAUUAUUAUAUUUUGUAAAUAUAUCUAUUCCAUUGUACUGUUAUUUUACAGUUUGUAUAAGAAAGUUCCAUAAAAUCAUGAUAAUUCAUACUGAUUUAAAUACCAUAAAAGAUUUAAAAAUAUUUUCCCAUAACUAUUUCCUCAUCAUCAACAUUAAUUUCUUCCCAAUAAAUAAAUCUUAUUCAUUGAUAUUUCAGUUAUUUCUACACUCAUAAUGGAUAUUUUAAAAUUUUCAGUUGGAAAUUGGAAAGAAUAAAAAUGGAAAGAAGUUGGUUUAACUAAAAAGAAUAAAAUUCACGUUUAAAUCUCCAUAAAAGCACUCAUGACUACAAAAGUAAUUUUAAAUAAUGAACAUUUUCCUAAUAUGUUAAUGUAUAAUAUGUUUAAUGAAUUCAAGUUCUCUGCCAUCUCGUGAUGAUUAUGAAAAAUCAAAUAGUUAAUUUUAUAAUUUGAUUUUUUUAAAUUAACACUAAAAAAAUGUCAUUGAUUCAGUGAUUCAUAAAAAAAAUAUCGGGUGAGUAAGAGGACAUAUUAACACUUGCAGAUUUCAGUUUUUUUAUUUUAGAAACUGUUUAUUUUUCAGCAUUAGCAAAAUGGAUUAGGUAAUUCGUAUUCAUUCAUUUAGUUACACCUUAUUUGUUGGCAUUAGAAAUAUUACUGACUGUGUUCCUUGCACUUUCAUUCUUACAAAUCAAUAAAUAUCACAUCAUGCUUUCAUCCAUCUAUUAAUAUAAUUCACGGUAAGAUAGAAGUAUGAACCCAACUAUGAUGAGCAUUUCUAUGAAUCUUGUCAUAUGAGCUGAAGAUCUUAUUUAUGGAAGCUUGCUAAUCUCUUAUAAGAACGAGCUUGAAUUGUAUGAACUUCAUUCAGGAAUUUCCGCUAUUCUACUCGAGUUUUAUAUCAGUAGUUAUUCAAUAAAAUGAGGCUCAAUUGAUGCGUUGUUAAUAUCACCUAAGAACGGGUAUCCUGCUCAUAGAGCAAUUAAUCAAUAAAUUGUGCAUGUUGAGCUGAACUUUUGGGAAAGAAUCAUUACUAGCCACGUCUUAUCUUUGUCUAGUUGUAUAUUGAUGUGUAUACUAUGAGAAUCAACUAUGUUGUUGAUAUAGAUGUCUUUUUUUGAAAGUCUCUCUCAUUUUCAUAGCAUAUAGUACCUAUAGUUUGUAAACCUUCAGCUGCUCUUCUAUUGAUGUUACGAUCACAAGCAUCUUAUAUUUUGUCUUUUUCACGAAUGAGUUUUGAUCUCCCACUUUUUGUUUGAUACUGUAUUUUUUAUGUAAAUUCGUGAUGAUGGAGAGCGUAGGAAUUAAACAUUAUUUCACUUUCAGUUCUAACAUUUAAGUGAUGAAUAUUGUUUCUUAGUGUAUUGGUAAUGUAAUCAUUGUCGAACUCUCACCUGUCAUGGAAAUAGUAGCCCUAUUAAUGUUGGACCCGUUCCAAGAUUUAAAAUUGAAAUGAUUCUCUGAAAACUCCCAUAUUAGUCUUCCACAUUAGUUCUAUUCAGUAGUGAAUUGAAUGUAUCAUUCUCUAUUCUCAGAUGCCAAAUUUGAAUAUGGUAGAUUCAUGGACAAUAUGCAUGUUCAAAUAUUCUGAACCUGUACCAUGUUCUCAUAAUAAAAAUUACACUGCACUUAAACUAAAUUACCUAAACGAUUUUAUUGAUAUUUUACCCGUGAAUACUUUUAUCCUUGAAUAUUUUACCUAUUUUGUUAGUCAACGAAAGUCUAUAAGUCUGGAAUAUUAUAUCUGUAUCAUUAAUCUAAUAUUUUUCAUUGGAAAAUGUUAAUUUGUGUUACUUUCAAUUUUGAAGAACAGUGUUCUUGACUUUAUGUAUUGAUUCGCUUUCAUUCACUAUAUAAAGUUCUGUUCACUUUUUUAUGUUUUGAUUCGUUUUUAUUUUGUUUUAUAUAGAACUGAAUUAAUUCAUUUAUUCCCUCUUGAAAAGCUGAUUUUCUUGCUCAAUAUCGCCCAUUUCCUUAAUUGAAGCUCUCUGCGUUAGAACAAGUGACGUUCUGUUGUAGGUAUGAGUUGAAUCCUUUGAGCACUAUGAGUGCACCAUAAUUUUUAUUUAUAAAUUAUUAUAAACGAUCUUAUACUCAAUGGUUCAGUCAUAAACUGUCUUAAGAUCACAGGUUUCACAUACAAUUACAACAUUUAUCGCGAAAGACUGACGAAUCAGUUUUUAUUGAGAUUUUCAUACAAGAGAUUGCUGAGACGUUUCUGUAUGGACAUUCAAAGAUAGGUAUUUUUUAAAUUUAUUUUCUGCAUCAAGUAGCCCAAUAAGUUCUAGUCUGCAAAAAAUCAAAUGGAUGAAUCUUUCAAGUUGUAGCAUAAUCACUAGCUGAUCCAAUCAAGUAAAAUUCCGUAUAAUGUAUAUGUGCGCUGGACUAUAAUUAUAUUUAAACCCCUGUGUUAUUAUAUUUAUCUGUGAUCGUGCUUAUUACCUUUUCGGAAAUGUUGUGAAACUGUAUGUAAUUUUUAUAGUCUAGAUGGUUUUUAACGAAUAAUUUAGAUGGAUAAUUUAUGGAGUAAUGUGGAAGAGGUCUAAGUGUAAUCAAUCAUACAUGUAACUGAAAAUCUCUGUAACUGAAUUGGUGAAUUUCAAUUUGAAAUAGAGACUGUUAAGACUGUAGCCUACUUAUCCAAACAUAUUAUCAUCAUAAUUUAUUUAUUUUUCAUAGAAUAAUUGUUAUCAAAUUCUAAUUUACUAGUUAUUGGAAUGUUUUUUUUUAUUAUUAUGAACACGAAGCUUACAUUGGCGGAUAACUGGCAUCUGAACUACCUUAGGAGUUCUUGUUCAAAUAAUCUUCAAAAAGAUCAACCUUAUUCAAAUUCCAUUGUAAAUUCAAGCUCAAAGAAGAUAUUUAUCAGGCAAUAGAUGCUGUAGCCUGAAAAUUGUGAAAUUUCAGUACCUUCAUGAUCCCACCUAGCACAAAAAACAUAGAUUAUUAAGGUACGCCACAUUGGAAAAGAUUUUUAUUUUCAAAUUUUAUUUUUUGAUAGAUUACACUUGUUUAGCAGAUUUCCUCAAUAUUCUGAGAAGGAAGCUACCUUCUAGUGAAAAGUAUGAAUGUUAUGUGCAAAUUUGAUGGUGUUUUUAUACUUGAGAAUUUAUAGUAUAUUUCAGUAAAUUUGAAUACAAACCUACUGGACCCAUAAUGAAAAGAGUAAGAGACUUAUUUAUUGUUGUUAAUUCAUUUAGAAGUAUCUUUAUUGAUAAUUGUUGUGAGUAAAUAAUUGGAAAGUGGGAAAUUGUCUUCCGCAUAGGGAUAGUGAAAGUUGUGAAGCACAUUUCAGUUUCCAAAUGAACUUACAAUUUAUCUCUAGGCGGAAAAAAAGUACAUCAACACUUACUUCUUCCAGUUUUAAAUGAUUUAUUGUUAGGGGAUGCUUAAAAAUUCGUGAGCAAAGUUGAAUGAAUCUUAAAAAAUAAAACUCCAAUCAUAAUAACUUCAGUCACUAUAGUUUAUCACGACUAAUAAACUUCACGUUAACUCACGGAGAAUUAUAAUUCAUGCAACUAUAAGAAGCUGAGAAGCUAUAAUAAAACACUAAAAAAGUAUAAAGUAUGGUUCUUCCCUCACCGAUGAUUAGAUAUCAAAAAUUGAAGAUGUGACAUCAUAAAUUAUUAUAGUGUUUGGAAAAUAUCUUAGAUAUCAUGAAUGAGUUAUUAGACUCUCAUUUGACUUUAUCCACAUAGUAAAUCAAAGUUAACCUUUAAAUAUUCCUGUCAAAU